AUGAACAGCUCGCAGCACACCCAUGGGCCUCUCGCCAUAGUCCUCUACCACACACAGGAUUAUGUAGCGGCGAACCCCACCCGUUGUGUGCUUCUCGCGCUUCUAUCUGCACCCCUACUUGCGAUAUUCUUCAAUGUUCUGAAGCAGCUCGUAAUCCCCAAAGAUCCUUCGUUGCCGCCUGAAGUAUUCUAUUGGCUUCCUCUUAUUGGCUCAGCGAUUCAGUACGGUAAUGAUCCCCUCAAGUUCUUUUUCCAAUGCAGAGAAAAGUAUGGUGAUGUCUUCACCUUUGUCCUCUUCGGUCGUAAAAUUACGGUUGCGCUUGGAGACAAGGGCAACAACUUCGUCCUCGGCGGCAAGCAUACCUCGUUUUCUGCUAAGGAUGCGUACACUCACCUAACCACACCGGUUUUUGGGAAGGGUGUCGUCUAUGACGUUCCACACGAAGUCUUCAUGGGGCAGAAGAAGAUGGCCAAGGUCGGGUUGUCCGUCGACAACCUCCGCAGCUAUGUCGGAAUGAUUGAAGACGAAGUCGAGGAGUUCUUAGGUAGCGAUAGCAACUUCUUGGUUUCUCAGGAGAACGACAACCAAGACUGGGGAUGUUUCGACGUCACUGAAGUCAUGUCCCAGAUUACCAUCUUGACGGCUUCUCGUACACUCCAGGGCAAGGAAGUUCGUGAAUGCCUUGACAAAUCCUUUUCUGAGCUCUACAAUGAUCUCGAUGGGGGGUUUACGCCUCUCAACUUCAUGUUCCCCAACCUUCCCUUGGACAGCUACCGCCGCCGUGAUCGCGCCCAGCAGAAGAUGAGUCAGUUCUAUGUGGAAAUUAUCACGAAACGCAGGCGAGGGAAUUUGAGCGCGGAGCGCGAUAUGAUUGCUGCUCUUAUGGAGCAGAAGUACCGUGACGGUAGCUUUAUGCGUGAUCACGAGAUUGCCCAUCUCAUGAUCGCCAUCCUCAUGGCAGGACAGCACACUAGUUCUGCUACUAGUUCUUGGGCACUUCUCCACGUCGCUCACGAUCAGAACAUUCAGAAAGCACUCUACGAGGAACAGGUCAAGUACUUUGGUACUGGUGAAGGCCAGUUUCGCUCCGUCACCUACGAUGAGCUCCGUCAACUUCCUAUUGUGAACUCAGUCAUUCGUGAAACACUCCGCAUGCAUCCUCCUUUGCACAGUCUCAUACGCAAGGUUUGCGAAGAUGUCCCUGUCCCUCCCACGCUUUCAUCUCCCUCGGGGGGAGGCACCUACAUUGUUCCUAAAGGUCAUUAUGCUCUCUCAUCUCCCUCUGUCAGCCAAAUGGAUCCUCUGGUAUGGUUGAAGCCCAACGACUUCGAUCCUUCCAGGUGGCUUGAUCCCAAUGAUACUGCGGCGAAAGCCUUCUGUGUUUACAGUGACGAGAUGGGCGAUAAAGUGGACUACGGUUUCGGUGCUGUGAGUAAGGGUACAGACAGUCCAUAUCAGCCGUUUGGCGCUGGUCGGCACCGGUGCAUUGGCGAGCAAUUUGCCUACCUUCAGCUCGGUACAAUUAUCUCGAUCAUUAUUCGAAAGUUCAAGCUCCAGCUCGAGGUCGACAGGGUUCCAGAUCAUAACUACCAUGUGAGUUUCUUUGAAACCCUCAGAUUCCCACCACCGACGUUGCUCUACUAUGAAGACUAUGAUAGUGGUGCCUAA